ACCCGGAUGUAAGCGUCCACUGGACACCACCGAGGAAGAAGACGCCGCUGCGUUCCUGUGCGCCAUGCUAACGCUGCUAGCCGUCCGCAGCCCCGCGUAGAGCGGCCGGGAGCUAGCCUGUGAGCUAACGGCAGCUAGCGGCAGCUAACGGGGUCUCCGGCCCGCUCGUCCAGGGAUGCAGCCGGAGGAGCAGCAGCAGGAGGAGGCCGCGGCGGAGGUGAAGCUGAGCCCGCUGCCCGGCGCACUGGUGGCCUGCAGGGUCCCGGACGGCCUGUUCGAGCCCGGAGGAGGAGCAGGAGGAGCAGGAGGGGGGGGGGGCGUGAAGGCCCGCUUUGAGGCCCUGUUCCGUUCGUUCGAGCCCGAGGUGCAGUUCCAGUACUUCAAGUCGUUCCGGCGGGUGCGGAUCAGCUUCGGCGACGCUCUGGCCGCCGCCGAGGCCAGACUCCGCCUCCACAAGACGGACUUCAACGGCAAGGAGAUGAGACUCUACUUCGCCCAGUCCGUCCACAUAGGGAGUCCUCGUCUGGAGCCCCAGCCGGACAAACAGUUCCUGAUCUCGCCCCCCUCCCCCCCGGUGGGCUGGGCCCAGUCUCAGGACGCCAUGCCGGUCAUCAACUACGACCUGCUGUGUGCCAUCUCAAAGCUCGGACCAGGGGACAAGUACGAGCUCCACACCGCCACCCCCACCACCCCGAGCGUGGUCAUCCACGUCUGCGACGACGAGCGCGGCGGCGACAGCUCCGCCCCGGACGACAGCGACCAGGACGACAAGCCCCGCCCCCGGCCGAAGAUCGUGCAGACGCGUCGCCCGGACUUCGCGGCCGAAGCGGAUCAGUGAGCGAGCGGCGCGCGGCGGCGGCGGCCGCAAUGUUUUCUUUUCAUCCUGAAGUGAUUUGGUCGAGAGCUCCGACGCGGGCGCUCAGAGGGGUUCGAGGACUUUGGUUGAGAGACUUCCCGCCAUGUCCCGUAGACGAGCAUUUCAUAAGACGGAGUUGGGAGUCCAACGCUGCAUUCAUGUCCCGUGGGGAAAGACGGGAGAUAUGAACUUCCUGACACACUGUUGAGUUUAGCCAUUCAGAUAAAAUGUGGUACGUCUGAGGAUUUGAGAAGAAACCGGUGUUGAAAUGUAGGAAAUUAUGUAUUCUGAUGUUUUUUUUUUGAUCGUAGUGCUCAAGUACAAUGACCAGGCUGUGCUGGAUUUAUUUGUUUGUGGUGAUAAUUUUUUGCAACAAAAAAAAAAACAACCUGAAAGAUAUCACGAUUAUCGGGCGCAAAUAAAAGUCUGUACGAGAUCAUGAAAAGUGAUUUGGAAGUCGGUUAUUCCCACGUGACGCGAAUGCAGCGUCGCUCUGACGGGUCAUGUGACAAUAAACAAUAUUCGGAUGGAUUUCUGUAUCUGUAGAUAUCAUAACUUCUGUCACGUUGUGCGUCAGUCGGCCGUAGAGAGUCGCCGACAUGCCCCGCCCCCCCCUUGACACCCCCCUCUCCACCGCUGUGUGAUGUCACGGUGGACACGUGGUCUCGGUGACAUCACCGUGAGGAUUACUCGGACCGGCUGCGUUUAGCUCGUAGUUUAGCUAACAGCUGUUGCUAUUUUACUUGAAGGCGUUUUUUGAUUGCAACACACACACGCACACACACACACACACACACACACACACACACACACACACACACACACACACACUCGAUUCAACUGCACCAACCUUGAUUUCUUGUCUGUAAAGAGGAAACAAACAGGGCUAACCUUUUUUUAAGCCUCUUCUGGUGCUGUGUGUGUGUGUGUGUGUUUCCAUUAGCUCAUGUCUUGUGUUCUUAUUGGCUGUCAGAUUGUGUGUGUGUGUGUGUGUGUGUGUGUGUGUGUGUGAGACCCCCACAGUGUCCAGGUCAGACCCCCCUUAUGACAGUAUCCAGUUUUCUUUACUAAAAAGCGGUUUUUUUGGUUACAUCUCUCUGACAGGAGUCUGGCUCUUUUACUGUAUGAUGUAAUACUGCUGCUUAUGAUUUAUUUGUGACAUCAUCUGUUAGUUGUUAGUUGUUAGUUGUGAAGCUUUUUUCGUUGAGAGGACUCUGAGGAUGUAAUGAAGCACUGUGAAGAGCUGGACUCAGCCUCUCUGCAUACUUUUAUACCGCUGCUGUCUCCAGUUCGCUAACGGCAUGGAUUUAACAUUCAAUAAAGGUCAAAGUUCACA